UCUCCGACAGUUUGGCCGAGUGGUCUAAGGCGCCAGAUUUAGGCUCUGGUCCGAAAGGGCGUGGGUUCAAAUCCCACAGCUGUCAUUUUUUCCCCCGUCACCCUUUCCAUUUCCACAUUUUUAGCAACACCGGCAAAAGCAAUUAUCCAUUAACAUGAUCAAACCAUCGUGGCCACACAGAGAACCAAAAGAACACAGACAUCGUUCUAGCAACAGCAAGCAAUCAAACCAUGGCGGCGUUCUCAGCCUCGACGACCACUGCAUACCUAGCCAGUUUUGCUUCCUCCAAUCAACCUUCUUCACCGUUGAAGCCUUUCCAGCUUCCCCUCAUCUGGCCAUGGCAAAAGGUGAAGAUGGGUCCGAUGACAGUGUCUCCAAUGGGGUUUGGUACCUGGGCAUGGGGGAACCAGCUUCUUUGGGGCUACGACCAAUCCAUGGACGCCGACCUUCAGCGCAUUUUCAAUCUGGCCGUGGAGAACGGGAUCAAUCUAUUCGACACGGCUGAUUCUUAUGGGACUGGGAAGCUGAAUGGGCAGAGUGAGAAGCUCCUCGGCAAGUUCAUAAGAGAGUAUCCAGGGAAGGCAAGAGAUGAUAUUGUGAUCGCUACCAAGUUUGCUGCAUAUCCAUGGCGGCUGACCCCAGGCCAGUUUGUGAAGGCCUGCAAGGGAUCGUUGGAGAGGCUGCAAAUUGAGCAACUUGGCAUAGGACAGCUGCAUUGGUCGACUGCAAACUACGCUCCCCCUCAGGAAUUGGCGCUCUGGGACGGCCUAGUUGCCAUGUAUGAGCAGGGUCUAGUUAGGGCAGUGGGAGUGAGCAACUAUGGACCGAAUCAGCUCGUUAAGGUUCACGAUUAUCUCAAAACUCGAGGAGUGCCGUUAUGCUCAGCUCAGGUUCAGUUUUCAUUACUGAGCAUGGGAGAGGAGCAGAUGGAGAUCAAAGAAGUAUGCGACAGUUUGGGGGUUCGUCUUAUCGCUUACAGUCCUUUAGGGCUUGGAAUGCUGACAGGGAAAUACACACCUUCCCAGCUUCCGGUUGGACCCAGGGGGCUGCUAUUUGGUCAAAUUCUUCCUGGACUGGAGCCUCUGUUGAAGGUGCUCUCGAAAAUUGCAACGAAGAGGAGGAAAACCAUACCGCAGGUUGCAAUAAAUUGGUGCAUCUGCAAAGGCACAAUUCCAAUUCCAGGGGUGAAGACUGUUCGACAAGCAGAGGAGAAUUUGGGAGCUCUAGGGUGGAGGCUAAGCUUGGAGGAGCAGAUUGAGCUAGAAUAUGCUGCAUCCAGUUCGCCAAGGAAAAUGAUCCAAAAUGUUUUCCAGACGAGAUAAUAUCAUGAUUCAUGACGACUCGGACUCAGAUGCAUACAGACAUACCAUCAGAAGCUCCCUGAACAAUGAUUGUUGCUAAAUUCCCUAAGCCGAGCAAGUCAUGGAUCGUACAGAAAGAACAAUGACAACAAUGUGCAAACACGAAGUUAUUAUCUACAAACAAAGAACCAUUCAUAUUUCAUACACAUCCUGUGAAAUCUAGACAAUAACCUGCUAUCAUAAAUCGUUCAAGAAAUA